AUGCCUCUCGUUGUUCCCGGCGUCACCACCAACGACCCCGCGGUCGCUAAGACGGAGGAGUGGAUGAACAAGUUGUGCGGCAAGACGCUCGCUGAUCACACUUCGGAGACUACCUUCUGCAAGUCCGAUCUCCCACAGCCAACACGCAUCAUCGAGCCGGGUACGAUGGUUACCAAGGAUUUCAACCCUGACCGUCUCAACGUACAUGUUGGCGAGGAUGGAAAGGUCAGCCAUGUUGUCCACGGUUAG